GCUGACCCGACGGAAGUGACGUCAGUGCAGAGAAGAAUAUGGUGUUUGUGUCAACGAUGGUGAGAAGUGGGAGAGGAAUCGACGCUGAGGGAAGUGGCUUGAAAUGACCGAGUAAAUACCGGCGCGCAGGUCCUGGAUUUUCUCACCGACUCCAUGUCCGACGGAGCCAGAGCUUCCUGGUCGAAGCGGGGCUGCGUGGAGUCGCAUCGCCGAGAGCAGGGGAAGUACAAGCAGAGAAAAUGUGAGCUCACACCCAACGCUCCAUCAGCUAAACCUGCGUUUGGCCCAGAGGGACCCAAGAGGUGUCAAAUGGCAGGUGAUGUGGAGGUGUACCUGUCGCAGGUGCACGAUGGCAGCGUGUCCUCGGGGUUCCGUGCGCUGUACGAGGAGCGCCUCCUCCUGGAUGUCACGCUGCUUAUCGAGGAGCACCACUUCCAGGCACACAAGGCCCUGCUGGCCACACAGAGCGACUACUUCCGAGUCAUGUUCACGGCUGACAUGCGGGAGCGCGACCAGGACAAGAUCCAUAUGAAGGGGCUGACGGCCACGGGCUUCGGACACGUGCUGCAGUUCAUGUACUACGGCACGCUGGAGCUCAGCAUGCUCACGGUGCAGGAGAUCCUGCAGGCCGCUAUGUACGUCCAGCUGACCGAGGUGGUGGAGUUCUGCUGCUCCUUCCUCUUGGCCAAGAUCUGCCUGGAAAACUGUGCCGAGGUCAUGCGGCUGCUGGAGGAUUUCAGCGUGGGUGUUGAGGGCGUACAGGAGCAGCUGGACGCCUUCCUGUUGGAGAACUUUGUGCCCCUCAUGGCCCGCGCCGACUUCCUUUCCUACCUGAGUCUGGAGAAGCUGCUGAUGUACCUGGACAGUGACCGGCUGAGCCGAUUCCCCGAGAUCGAGCUGUACGAGGCGGUGCAGGCGUGGUUACGGCACGACCGCCGCCGCUGGAGACAUACGGACAGCGUGGUGCAGAACGUGCGCUUCUGCCUCAUGACACCCGCCCACGUCUUUGAGAAGGUGAAGACGUCAGAGUUCUACCGCUACUCGCGACAGCUGCGACAGGAAGUGGACCAAGCGCUGAGUUAUUUUCACCAGGUGAACGAGCAGCCGCUCCAGGACACCAAGUCAAACCGCAUUCGCUCGGUGCGGCCGCAGACCGCGGUCUUCCGCGGGAUGAUCGGCCACAGCAUGGUCAACAGCAAGGUGCUCCUGCUGCACAAGCCUAAGGUGUGGUGGGAGCUGGAGGGCCCGCAGGUGCCGCUGCGGCCGGACUGCCUGGCCAUCCUCAACAACUUUGUCUUCCUUCUGGGUGGAGAGGAGCUGGGGCCCGACGGGGAGUUCCACGCCUCCUCCAAGGUGUAUCGCUACGAUCCCCGGCAGAACUCGUGGCUGCGCAUGGCCGACAUGUCGGUGCCGCGGUCCGAGUUUGCCGUCGGCGUUAUCGGAAAGUUCAUCUACGCGGUGGCGGGCCGCACGCGGGACGAGACCUUCUACUCCACGGAGCGGUACAACAUCGUGGAGGACAAGUGGGAGUUUGUGGACCCCUACCCCGUCAACAAAUACGGACACGAGGGCACGGUGCUCAACGGGCGGCUCUACAUCACGGGUGGCAUUACCUCCUCGUCCACCUCCAAGCAGGUGUGCGUGUUCGACCCGAGCAGGGAGGGAGCGUCGGAGCCUCGCACGCGCCGCGCGCCCGUUCUCACCACUUGCUGGGAGAACAAGUCCAAGAUGAACUACGCCCGCUGUUUCCACAAAAUGAUCUCGCACAACGGCAAGCUCUACGUCUUCGGGGGCGUGUGCGUCAUCUUGCGCGCCUCCUUCGAGUCGCAGGGCUGCCCCUCCACCGAGGUGUACGACCCUGACACCGACGAGUGGACCAUCCUGGCGUCCAUGCCCAUCGGGCGCAGCGGGCACGGCGUAGCGGUGCUGGACAAGCAGAUCAUGGUCCUCGGGGGCCUGUGCUACAACGGCCACUACAGCGACUCCAUCCUGACCUUUGACCCAGAGGAGAACAAGUGGAAGGAAGACGAGUAUCCCAGGAUGCCUUGCAAACUGGACGGGCUGCAGGUGUGCAGCCUUCACUUCCCAGAGUACGUGCUUGAACACGUGAGGCGCUGCAGCUGAGAGCGUGAGGACCCCCUGCGGCCUCACGCCACGACGGCACGGAGACCCGCGCUCAGAGCCGGCCAGCAGCUCCUGGGACCGCGGGAGUCGGCGCGUUGCGCACGCGAGACAGAGCGCCGUGUCCGCGGGAACGUAGAACGUGGAGUGCGCUUGUGCUGCACGUCGGGGAUUGGUCCUUUUAGAUGAUUUUUAGGAAGAUUUUUCAGAAAAAGAAAAAAAGAGAAAAAGUCCCACAGCUUUUUGGGAGUGGUCAUCUUUCUCCUCCUGUACCGUGCAUCAUCCCAAGCGGCAGGCGUAUGAACCCUUCCCCGUUUUCGUUUUUCUCAUGGAGAAUUUCACUUGAUCGUUGCCUGCAGACUUACGCGCAAUAGCAGUGAUGGGUGUCUCUUCGUGCCCCGGGCCUCGCCGUCUCGACACGCGAGCGGAGCAGGACCGCCGGGCUUUGGACUCGUGGAGAGCCUGUCCACCGACCCGCUGACCGGUUCACGGAGCCCAACUUUGGUUAUGCUGCAGUAACGUUAAAGCUCUGCGUGUAACACGUCUCCUCGGCGUUUCGCCUCUGGGCCUCGGUGCGCCGAUGGCGGAAGUUCGAGUGUCGCGGUGUGUGAGGACUUUGCACCAUCCCCAUUUAAGUGUUGCAAAACACUGCGAGUCUUUUGUUCUGUUUGCUCUAUUUAUUUAUGUUCUUUUCUAAUUUGCUGUGCCGUGUGGCCUCCACCUGACAUGUCACUGCUCGUUCAGCGAAGUGUACCUGAGUCACUUUUUCUUUCCCUCUGACAUGAAAAAGGGCUCGUGCUCCGCAGACGCUCCGACGCUCACUGCCCAAAUGACUGACUCGGAACGAAGUCCUCGGUUGGAUCUUAGAGGAACCUAAACAACCGCUUCCGAUUAGACGCACUUAGACGCCACCGAUAAGCUACGCGGCACUGCACAUGGCCACCGCGCACCGUUUCCUCGGUGCAGCCGGAUGGUUUCUUUCCGUCGGCCUCUUCCCGCACCCACGUUCCUUGCCGCAGCCCCCCACAACCGCUCGCACCCCCCACCUGUCGUGUCACAUAUUGUUGACAGGAGAGCCAGGUGUGUUGCGCUUUCUGGCGCGCUGUGGCGUUUCCUUUUCUCCGGCCGGGACACGGAGCUCCCGGUCCCUUUUGCUGCUUUGGCCCGUGAGUAGUAAGCUGGGAUGCAGUGCAUCAUGGGAUACAGCUGGUAACUGCUCUCCGCUGCGACCGAGCAAAGCGACAGCGAUCCGUUCCCUAGAUCCGGCCGAAACUGUCGGUGAUUCUGGCGGCGUCGCGCAGAGCACCGUCAAGUGCGUUGCCAGCUCGGCUCUUUCAGCAGCGCGUGGUCGGGGCCGGAGAGAUGCGGCCGGACCCGACGUGCGUUGUUGUUUCGUGACCAGUAGACCCUGGGCUUGGAACACAAACACUCUUGUGCUGUCUCUUCUUUGACUGCUCCUUGUUCUUCCACUGGACUUCCUGUCUCUGUGACGUUUGUCUCACUACACACAUUCAAACGCGAUCAGUCCCACGUAUACACACACACACACACACACACACACAGUUCAAAAUUAGUAGUUGUCUGGCCAUCAGGUAAUUUGCUAAACUUGUCAUCGUGAGGCAGGUAUAAUGACUCGGGUGCCUCUGCAGUGCACAGGUCCAUCAUAUAUAUUAAGAAAUGUAGGGGGAGAAAAAGCUUAAUAAACAAAAUCUCCCUUUUCGUUUCGAAAUUUUCUUGUUAGCGGCCAAAUUUUUCAACAAUAAGGCAAAAAUAGCUUCAAUAUGUUGACAUUUGGAGGAAUUUGUUUUAAGGAAACACUCAGUAGUAUUAAGUAAUCUGUUUUAAUACUUAAUUAAAAUUUGUUUUGUGGAAUUUAUUUUUGGGUCAAAAACUGAAUUUCAGUGGAAAAUAUAAUUGAUAAACUUGUGAAUAAUAAAUGCUUAACUCCUUGCCCAUUAAUGCAUGUUUUAAGCUUAGAUAUUUCCUUCUUUUCCUUCACUUGUCCUGCCCAAUAUGUAUAUGUUCCACCACUGGCCCAAUGCAAAAGUGUCUCCUGUCAGCUUUAUUACAUUUUAGUAAAGUAUUAAAACAAAAAAAGCCCACGAACGGACAAACGCAGGAAAAACAAGUGAAAACUCUAUGAAAUGACAAGCACUACGAACAGUUGUCAAGAAACAUUUAGGAGGCCCAGGCAAACAGUGACAUGUGUCUCCUGUCCUGUCCCCUCCUGUCCCCUCCUGUCCUGUCCUCGCGGACGCCGAAACGCAAACACGGCCUGCCGAGCCUGGGAACGCUAACCUGACACAGGAUACACACCUUUCCUUUGGUCCCUUUGGAGUGUGGAAUGUGACCAUUUCACCACUGCAGGCGCCAAAUAUGUCCAUUUCUCUGUUGUUUGUGGAUGAAAUGCAGAAAAUAGCCUGCGUAAGUAAAGUUUUCAAACGACCUUUUAUUUCCUGCACAUUGACGCUUCUGUUUAUCCGAAGCAGCCUGUCCUCGUUUUGUUUUAUGACUCCUGUACUGUCCUCUCCCACACGUGGAGUGAGCUUGUAGGGUGAACGGUUUGAGGAGAAGAACGCCGAAACAUUUUGGACAGAUUAUUUAAUACAAGCUGGGUGAUCACUGCUCUUUUAACACUUUACGGUUUCU